AUGCUCGCCCUCUCCGCCGACAUGGACGAGUCCUCGUCGCUGCUGGACCUGCUGGAGUGCUCCGUGUGCCUGGAGCGGCUCGACACCACGGCCAAGGUGCUGCCGUGCCAGCACACCUUCUGCCGCCGCUGCCUGGAGAACAUCGUCAGCUCGCGGAACGAGCUGCGCUGCCCGGAGUGCCGCAUCCUGGUGGACUGCGGGGUGGACGAGCUGCCGGCCAACAUCCUGCUGGUCCGCCUGCUGGACGGCAUCAAGCAGCGGCCGCAGCGAGGCAGCCUCACCGGGGGAGGAGGAGGAGGAGUGGGAGCCGGCGGCAGGCAGUCCCUGGCCGGCGGCUCGCUGCAGGGCUACGCGGCCGGGCUGUGCGCCUCCCCUCCGGGCAUCGCGAUCCGAGAGCUGCCGGUGGCCACCCGGAGCUCCCCUGUGAAGAAUAUCCCGGCGCUGCCGUGUGGGAAGGCCCUCUACUCCUACGAGGGGAAAGAACCAGGCGACCUCCAGUUUUCCAAGGGCGACAUCGUCAUCCUGCGACGCAAGGUGGACGACAACUGGUACCAUGGCGAGCUCAACGGUUGUCACGGUUUCCUGCCCGCGAGUUACAUCCAGUUGUUGCGUCCCCUGAGCCAGACUCCACCCCAGGGCAAAGCGCUGUACGACUUUGAGGUCAAAGACAAAGACCAGGAUAAAGAUUGUCUGGCCUUCAGCAAGGAUGAGGUACUGACAGUAAUCAGGCGAGUGGACGAGAACUGGGCAGAGGGCAUGCUGGGAGACAAGAUCGGCAUCUUCCCAAUUCUCUACGUGGAGCUAAACGAAACAGCCAAGCAGUUGAUGGAGAUCGACAAACCUCCGCCAACGAACGCUCCAGGCCCGAGCUCCGAGCCCGCCCCGUUGGCCCCCUGCUCCCCCGGCCCCUCACCCAGUGCCUCCCCGUCAAAUGGGAACGGCUCUGGCCAUCGGCGAGGGGAAGGAAAGAAAAACGCCAAGAAGCGACAUUCGUUUUCGGCGCUGUCCGUCAGCCAGAGGGCCGCCCAGCUCAACAACAGGCACAGCAUGGAGAUCUCCCACCCAGUGCUUAUCAGCUCCUCUGACCCCAGAGCUGCUGCACGCAUCCAGGAUGCUUCUCCCCCUGGUCCCUCUCCCUCCUCGACGGGGGUCCUGGUGCCCCCCAAAGUGGCAUCCAUCACCUCUGAGUUGCUGGCCCAUGCCAAGGUGCAGCUUCCCCUCAACAUAUAUCUGGCUCUGUACGCCUACAAGCCCCAGAAGGCUGACGAGCUUGAACUUAGGAAAGGGGAGAUGUAUCGGGUGACGGAGAAGUGUCAAGACGGAUGGUUCAAAGGCACCUCGCUGAGAACAGCUGCCUCCGGUGUCUUCCCAGGAAACUAUGUCACCCCCGUGUCCAGGGCUCCAUUCGGAGUGGGUGCUUCUCGCAGCUGUCUGUCCAGUCCAGUCGGUGGGUGUAGUCAGGUGGGGAGCAAAAUCCCUGACCCUUCGUCUCCGGGGUCCCCGGGGCCCUCUUUGCCCCGUCCCUCCACCCCACUGGUCAACUCAGCCAGCUCUAGUAACGCCGUCAGUCCCGCCUCCUCGCCUCAAACUGCCGCCGCCCAGCUGAAGAACUGCCUGCGCUCGAGCCAACAGACAAACCAGGCACGCACCUCAAUGCAGCUGGUCCACAGUCCCCCAGCCGGAAGCCCAGAGCGCCCCACGGUGGCCCUCUCUCCCCUGCGUACUCAGAGCUCCUCCCCCUCUCGUUGCCCCGGUCAGUCGGGUCGUCCCCUCUCCAUGGUGUCCCCGGGACCCAGCUUAGGACCCUCACCCCUCUCCUCCCCAGCCUCGCGGCCCCUCCUCCCGCUCUCCUCACCCCUCUCGUGUCUCACGCCUCCCAACGUGUCGGCGGUGCUCCUCAACGGCGAGUCGGCCAUUCCGCUACAGCCGCCAUUCCCAGGCCCCUCCCACGCCCCCGCCCACGGCGUCCUCCCAUCCAAACCGGAGAAGAAGGAGAGGAAAGCGGGAGGUUUAUUGAAGCUUCUCUCUGGGGCGGCGUCCAAAAAGAAACCUCGCUCGCCUCCCUCCUCCCCGCCCACCCACAACCCCGCGGCGGCGGACCCCGCCCACCAUCCUCACCACCACCACCAUCACGCUCGCUCAGGUUCCUGCCCGAUGGCGUCGCACGGGCGAGCCGGCUCCUGUCCGAUUGAGAGCGACAUGGCCGGGGCGAUAGGGCUGGAGCCGCUGCACAGGAAGUCCGGGUCCCUGGAUACCAACUUCCCCUUGUCGCCCCCGGCAACACGCACAGCUGGCAACCCUCUGUUGAUGCUCCGGCCCGAACCCAAACCCCUGUCCAGAGAGAGGUUUCGCGUGGUGGUGCCCUACCCCCCCCAGAGCGAGGCAGAGAUCGAGCUGCGGGAAGGAGACGUGGUGUUCGUCCAUAAGAAGCGGGAGGACGGCUGGUACAAAGGGACGCUGCAGAGGACGGGGCAGACCGGUCUGUUUCCCAGCAGCUUCGUCGAGAGCUUCUGA